AUGCAGAAGGGACAUGUCGCGACGCCCUCCGCGGCGGAGGAGCGCCCGUCGGUAUGGGAACGAUUCCAGAGUUGCUUCCACAUGAGGCCGCCAGACGACGACGAGCCUCAGUCGUGGUGGAUCGCGUCGACUGCUAUCCCUUUGGCGGCAGCCGCCGCCGGCCCGCUAGCGAACGUCAUGUCCAUCGUCGCCCUAGUGAUGCCUUGGAGAAGUGAGAUUAUCUCUUAUAAGGAAGGGCCUGCAGGGAAUGCGAUCCAGCAGGGCUAUCCGGAUCCUCACUGGGUCACCGCAUCGAAUGCCAUUUCGGUCGUUUGUGGUGUUGUGGGCAACGUGUUUCUUCUCUUUAACUUCACUCAGUCUAUUCGUUAUAUUAUCGCAUUGCCGGUCUCAAUCGUUCUAUGGUUUCUGGCGACGGGAAUUUUGGUCGGACUUACGACUGCCGUCUCUAUAUAUGCCCCACCACUUGGGCCUAAUGAUGUCUACUCACAGGCGUAUUGGAGCGCCGUCAUCGCCGCAUGUCUCUACUUUAUACUGGCUAUCAUGUUGAUGAUCAACAUGUUGGGAUAUUUCUUGGGCCGAUACCCACAACAUUUCGCUCUCACAGACGACCAGCGCACCCUGAUUCUGCAGAUGACUGCGUUCGUAAUGUGGCUGUUGAUUGGUGCCGCCAUCUUCCAACGCGUCUUGGGAAUAUCAUUCGCGGAUGCUCUAUACUUCUGCGAUAUUACCGUUUUGACACUUGGGUUUGGUGACGUGGUUGCCACAACCGCGGUUGGAAGAGGUCUGGUCUGGCCGUACGCGGUGAUCGGGGUCAUCACGUUGGGUUUGGUCGUCAGCAGUAUCCAUCGGUUCGCCAGUGAGGUCCACUACGACAACGUCAUCCGGAAACAUAUCGAGCACAAACGACAGUCGACCUUUGAGCGCUCAGUUACAUUUUCAGUAAUUGAGGCCGCAGAGCGUGAUCCCAAUGUCCACCUAAAAGAUGUCCUGCCGCCCGCACUUAUCCGAGACGGGUCGGAUAGCACGUCUCAUCAAACCAAAGAUGUUCCGAUUCGCGAUACUAUCAGUGCACUGGCAACAGGCCGCCGCCCCAAGCUUCUGGUCAUGCGCGAGGAGAAGGAUCGAUUCGACGCUAUGCGCGCAAUCCAGUACGAGACCAUGCGUUUCCGCCGGUGGAGUGACCUGCUUCUUAGUAUCAUCGUGUUCGCCAUCGUGUGGACGUGUGGUGCCGUGGUAUUCUGGUGUUUAGAGGACGAUCUGACCUAUUUUGAGGGGCUUUAUUUCUGCUUCUGCUCCCUGCUGACAAUUGGAUACGGUGAUAUCACGCCAAAGUCGAAUGCCGGGCGGCCGUUUUUCGUCAUGUGGUCGCUCAUCGCCAUCCCGACUAUGACUAUGCUCAUCUCCAAAAUGAGCGACACGGUUGUGGCAAGCUUCAAGCAUGGCACUGAAAAGAUUGGAGACUGGCUUGUUCUUCCGCAGUCGGGCAAAUACAAGAUUUUUUUGGGGCACUUUCCGUGUAUCCUGGGGUUCAUGGAGAAGCAUGAAGAGAAAAAGCGCGUGCAGCGGGGAUUCCAGGUGGGCGCGGACGCCGACACUAACGAAGAUGAGGAUGCCGAGAUGGGAAACCAGUCCACUUCGACGCCCGACCCCAACCAUCCAAAACGGACCAUUGAGGAACUAGCAGAGGCCAAGCCAUCGUCCUUCGAGUUAGCCCAGCAACUCGCCUUCGCCAUCCGGCGGACAACCAAAGAUGCGACCGACGGAGAGCGCAAACGGUACAGCUACGAGGAAUGGGUCGAGUUCACCCGACUGAUCCAGUUCACGGAUCCGCGUAUCCGGCCGCCUUCUUCUUCGUCAACAGAGAGUCGACAGAUCCCUGGAGCAGACGGCGGUCCCAUAGAAGAGGAAGAAGAUGAGUUCGGCGUAUUCAACUGGGACUGGAUCGGUGAGAACAGUCCCAUGCUGGCGAAGCAGACGGAGCCCGAGUGGGUUCUAGAUCGCCUGUGCGAGAGUCUUAUUCGAUAUGUGUCAACGCAGGAGACGAAACGUGCUGCGCGCCACGGGAAAGACGCAGACGAGGCUGAGGAGCCUACCUUGAAGAAAGAAAGUGAUCUUGGUUUGGUCGAAGACGAUAGCUGA